CCCUAUUCAUUCUAAGCUCCCCGUAGCAGAGUGAGGUUUUGCGGUUUAGGGCACAAUCAGCUUCACAGUUUUCACCACAACUCUUCACAGAAGAACCGUUUCAUAUCCUUUUAAUCUCCUUCGAUUCGAUGACGCUUCAUCUUCUCUAACAAGGUGUGAUACGAACUAGCGGAAGUAACAAGGCGGUCAUUAGUGUGGUGGAAAACUUGGUUUUUGUGCUAUUUACAGAAAAUAAAUUGGUGUACGGUGUGAUUUGGAUAGAAUUGUGAAUUGGAUUGGUGGAAUGGAGGUUGCCAUGGACAGAUCAGAGAAGCGAGGUAGAAAAAGGCGAAGAAACAAUGUUCGGAAUGUUCCGGUGGUUCAGGAAGGGAAGAAACGGGCCGUAGUGCCGAGGCCUAAGGUCUUAUUGGGAACAUAUAUUAGGAAGGAAUUUAAGGGAAUCGGGAUAUACUUGGGGAAAGUCAUAUCUUAUGAUACUGGCUUGUAUAAAGUUGUAUACGAGGAUGGAGAUUUUGAAGAAAUGGAUAGCAGUGAAGUGAAGGCGGUUUUGUUUGAAGAUAAGUUGAAUGGUCAAUGGUUGAAAAGAAAGAAGAAGCUCGACAAAUUAGUAGCUAGAAAAGAAGCAACAAGUAUUAAGUCUCGAGUUGAGCCAGUUAACCGUGUAAUUGAUAAGUCCAAGGCAUCAGUUUCAAAAGAUCGGGACAUCGGUUCUUCAGAUAAACUUGAGGUCGGCCUACUAGGAUGUGAUUCUGAUUUGGUGAGUGAUUUGUCUGAAGAUUAUAUGGAGCAGGAUUUGAGUUCAGAGGUAGAAGUGCCUCUAUUUCCUGCACCUCAACUGCCUUCUUCAUCUGGCAGUAUUGGUAUUCCGGAGGAGUAUGUAUCGUACCUGUUGUCUGUCUAUAGCUUUUUACGGUCAUUUAGUAUCAGACUGUUUUUAUAUCCAUUUGGACUUGAAGAUUUUGUCGGAGCACUCAACUGUUCUACUCCAAACACAUUGUUCGACUCUGUUCAUGUUGCCCUGAUGUGUGCUUUGAGGCGCCACCUCAACAAGCUGUCAUCUGAUAAUGCUGUGCUUGCAUCAAAGUUCCAAAAGGACAUUGAUUGGGGCCUGCUUGAUACAAUGACUUGGCCAGUGUACCUAGUUCAUUACUUAACAGUAAUGGGAUACGCAGAUGAACCUGGUUGGGAAGGUUUUUAUCCCCAUACUUUGCAAAAGGAAUAUUACUUGUUAUCUGCUGGCAGGAAAAUCAUGGUUUUGCAGAUCUUGUGUGAUGAUGUUCUACAUUCUGAAGAACUAAGAGCAGAAAUUGACAUGCGUGAAGAAGCAAAUGUAGGUACAGAGUCAGAUAUAACUAUAGGUGUUGCUUCUGUCAGUGCACCAAGAGUUGUUCAUCCCAGAUAUCCUAAAACUUCUGCCUGUGAGGAACAAGAAGCAACCGAGCUUUUUAAAGAAAAUAAUGAAAGAAAGCAAAGUUGUAGUAAUGAUAUUUUAGGACCCAAGGUUAGUAGCCAAGAUCAUGUCUCUGGUGCAGAUCAAAACCGUAACAUUGAUGAAUGCUGUCUCUGCGGCAUGGAGGGGACUUUGCUUUGCUGUGAUGGGUGCCCAUCGUCUUACCAUGCAAGGUGCAUUGGAGUUAGCAAAAUGCAUAUACCAGAGGGGGCAUGGUAUUGCCCUGAGUGCAUAAUCGAUGAAAUUGAACCAAAUACUAUGAGGGGAACAACUCUGAAAGGAGCAGAGCUUUUUGGUGUUGAUUCCUAUGGACAAAUCUUCAUGGGUACUUGCAAUCAUUUGCUUGUGUUGAAGGCCUUGGCUGGCGCAGACACUAUAUUCAGAUACUACAACAAGAAGGACAUUCCCAGAGUUGUGCAAGCACUUAAUGCAAAUGCACAGCACAGUACUUCAUAUCUGGAAAUUUGCAACGGAAUAAUGCAAUACUGGAGAAUUCCUGGCAAUGUUUCUUUCCCUGAUGGUGAACUAGCUGAAAUUGGUUCUGAAAGAUCUAAUGGAACAAAAUGUAAUAGUUGCUCUACAUCAUCACUUAAUUCAUUGGUCAAGGAAAGUCCUGAGAGAGGGAAUCCUGGAAGUUGUGUAACUGAAUCCGGCUCAGAAGAUGCUUCUAUAAGUAAUUUAUCAAAGGAGCCUAUGCUCAAUGAGACUCUAGGUGCAGUUAUCCAACCUGAUGGUAUUUGUUACCAGGUAAAAAGUGAUUCUAUGGCAAGACAGAGUAAUGCACCUAUAGACUUGCUUCCAUCUGCACAAGUUGGAGUGAAAUAUAUUGCACCUGUUGGUUCAGUUGGUCAGCAGGUCAUUCCAUCUGAGCGGAUUCAACAAGAUGACACAAACUUGGUAGAUAUUGCUACUUGUACAUCAAGAAGCAGUGGCAACUUUGUGGAACAAGUUAAUAGCAAUUGUGCUGGUAUUGCAGUAUCUGUUGAGUGUGAAAAGGCUCAUGGCAGACCCGGCAGAAUAGGUUACAGAGAACCCAUUGGUGGCUGCUUGUACAUGGGGUCAUCCUUUAGACCUCAACGAUACAUAAACAGUUAUCUGCAUGGAGAUUUUGCUGCAUCUGCUGCUGCAAAUCUAGCUGAACUUUCUCUAGGAGAAAACCAAGGUAAUGAGAGUCAUGCUUCAGACAAUAGGCAGAAACUUUCUGCUAAUAUUUUACUUCAAGCAAAAGCUUUCUCAUCAGCAGCGACACGCUUUUUCUGGCCGAAUACUGAAAAGAAGGUUGUGGAAGUACCAAGGGAAAGAUGCAGUUGGUGUCUUAACUGUAAGGCUGCUGUGACUGGUAAGAAAGGAUGCUUGUUAAAUGCUGCAGCAUCAAAUGCCAUUAAGGGAGCAGUGAAGAUACUUGCUAGUCUUCGUUCUGCAAAUGCUGGGGAGGGAAAUCUACGUGGUAUUGCCACAUAUAUUAUAUUGAUGGAGGAGACCUUAACUGGUCUGACAGUUGGUCCUUUUCUAAGUACAGCUUUUAGAAAACAAUGGCGUAAACAGGCAGAAGAAGCUACUAGUUGCACUGUGAUAAAGUCUCUUCUGCUUGAAUUUGAGGAGAAUAUCCGGUUUGUUGCUUUUUCUGGUGACUGGUUUACGCUCGUUGAUGGUGGGGCAUCAGAAUCUGCCAUCACUCAUUCAACUGCUGGUGCUGUGGACUCAUCUCAUAAGCAUAAAUCAGGGAGGCGGGGUAGAAAACGAUCGUCGAUGGUUAAAGCAUCUGAAUCUGUCAUCGCUCAUUCAACUGCUGGUGCUGUGGACUCAUCGCAUAAGCAUAAAUCAGGGAGGCGGAGUAGGAAACCAUCGUCAAUGGUUAAAGUAACUGCUGAUGAUUUCAAAGAUAAACAGGACUUCACUUUGUGGAGUGGAAGCAUGCUCUCGAAGCUUAUCUUCCAUACUCUAGCCCGAUCAGUGUUGAAGAAAGCAGCGCGCCAAGGUGGUCUGAGAAAGAUACCUGGUAUUUAUUAUGAUGAAGGGUCCAACACUGCCAAAAGAAGCAGGCGACUGGCUUGGCGAGCUGCAGUUGAUUUGUGUAAGACAACAUCACAACUUGCACUUCAGGUUAGGUACCUCGAUAUGCAUGUGAGAUGGAGUGAUCUUGUUAGUCCUGAACAGACCCUCCUAGAUGGAAAAGGUCCUGAGUCAAAAACAUAUGCCUUUAGAAAUGCUUCCAUAUGUCAUAAAAGAAUUGUCGGAGAUGUGGUCAGAUAUAGUGUUGCUUUUGGAAAUCAGAAGCAUCUCCCAUCUCGUGUCAAGAAGAGUACAAUAGAAGUAGAGCCAAGCCAGGAUGGGGGAAAGGAAAAAUAUUGGUUUUCUGAGUCACGGAUUCCUUUGUAUAUAAUAAAAGAUUAUGAAGAAAACUUGGUAAAAGAUCUCCCCUCAGCCAACAAGUUCGUUAAUGCACUUCCGAAGUUGCAAAAAAGCUUCUUGGUGGCUUCUUGUAAAGAUAUAUUCUCUUAUCUUGCGCAGAAGAGAGAUGGCAAUGCUACGCAUUGUUGUGCUUCAUGUGAAGUGGACGUGUUACUCAGGAACACGAUCAAGUGCACUACAUGCCAAGGUCUAUGUCACAAGCGAUGCACAAUUAAUUCAACAGUUACUGCUAAAGAGGAGACUGAGUUUAUGGCCUCCUGCAAACAGUGUUACCAGAAGAGAACUUCAACACAAUCUGAAAGUAGUCAUGAAUCUCCUACUAGUCCUUUACUCAUGCAAGGAAAAGAUAUUCCAGUUCCAGUGUCAGCCAGAAAAGGAGUAAAAGUAGGUAGUUCUAGUAAUCCAUCUGCAUCCAGUACGACUCUAAAGCAUUCUUCUAAGGUGAAGCAUGCUAGUACAAAUUUGGCUACAGGCUGGAAGCAACACUGGGGUGUUAUUUGGAGAAAGAAGAAUGAGGGUACUGGUGAUUUUAGAUUUAAAAACAUUCUUCUGAGAGGCAAUCCAGAUACUGAUUCGUUAAGACCUAAAUGCCGCCUUUGCCGUAAGCCAUAUGAUCCUUAUCUAAUGUACAUCUAUUGUGAAUCAUGCGAAUCUUGGUUCCAUGCUGAAGCUGUCGGACUUGAGGAAUCAAAGAUUUCUGAAGUGGUGGGGUUCAAAUGUUGCAAGUGUCGUAGGAUUAGGAUGCCCAUCUGCCCUUUCUUAGAUCCAGAAAGCAAAAGACAGUUAGAGGAAAAGAGGACGUGUGCAAGGGCUUCAAAGAGGGAUAGUCGACGAAUUGAGCCUGAUUCUGGGGUCAUUUCAGAGCUACAGAAAGAUGACAAUACCAGCACUCCAGCAGUGCCUGUGGAGGUAUCCCCAUCUUUAGAGGAUAAUAAGCCUCUUGUUUCCACUGUUGCAGAGCUUACUGAGCACUUUACAGUGGGUGAUUGUGAACUGAAUGCUGAAACUUAUGAUACUGAUUUGAAAUCUUCUUCUGAGUUAUCCACUCCUCUUGGAGGAAACACAAUGGUUCCUACAGAAGAAAUGCCAAUUCAUGUUGAACUGGCUGCUAGACAGCUAGUAAGGACACAUGUAAGACUUGAGAAGGACUCAGAUACUCCUUUUGCAAAUACUCCAUCAAAUGUUGAUUUAUUCACCCCUUCUAUAGUUGAAAUGGAUACUUCAAGGGAGUGUUCCGACGAAGAUGGUCAUGAAUGCAAGUAUAUGGAGUUUGAGCCUCAGACAUGUUUCGCUUUCAAUGAUUUACUUGCAUCUGAUGAUCUUGGUCCAUUGGAUGGAGUUGACUCGUUAGCCACUUUAAACAAGAAGGGUGAAACAUCAUCAAGGUUUCUACCUGAUAAGAAUGCUGAUACGUCUUAUGUCAAGCACGAGUCUGCAAUUAGCAGAAUAUCUGCUGAUGCUUUUGCAGUUACUUGUAAGAUGUGUUCACGUAACGAACCACUCCCUGAUCUUUGUUGUGAAACAUGUGAUAUAUGGAUCCACCGUUAUUGUUCACCAUGGAAUGAAGAGGAGUCUGGAGAAGAUGAUUGGAAGUGUGGCAACUGUAGGGAAUGGAGAUAAUUGUUGCUGAAUCUUCACUAUGUAAGGUGUUGCAUCUUGGGCAUGCAUAAUGGCUGAUUGAAGGGGCUUACCAUUGAUACUUUACAUCACAAUUGGAGAAUGAAUCAAAAUGAGCAAGCCACUCGUGAUGUCUGCCAAGGAACUUUUAAUCAAGUUCCAUCGUUUGGUUAGGACUGAUUUUGUCGUAAAAAGGGUAUAAUUUUCCUGUGAUGAGUUGAUUCAGAAAAGCUAAUCAUGCACAGAUUCUUUUAGGAAAAGAUUAUUAGGAGGUUGUGGUAAUUUGCUCCAGCCUUGACGGAUAAGCAACCCUUUCCAUUGGUGCUUAUCUGAUAUUUUUACUGUAAAAAGAGGUCUACAGGUACCAGUUCUUUUCUUUAUAGUAUUUUUUUAAACAUGACCGGAAGAACUAUAAAUUUAAACUGAAAUGGGACACUUGUGAUGGAUAGAAUUUAUGUACUUGGUGGCUUAUGAUUUUACAGUCAAAUGAUCAAGUGAUUCUUCUUA